GGAGCGAGUGAGGGGAACGAGUAGACCGGCCGAGGAAAGAAAAUGGGCGACCGAAGCAUGUAGGAGGCGUCGGGCUUCCUUUUCUCUUCCUACUCCAAACAGAAGGAAUCCAUUGCUAGCGCUCCUUUUUUUUUUCUUUUGCUAAUCUCUGGGUUCUAUUCGUUCCGAGAUGGAGCAGAUCGCUUCAGUCUUGGAUGGCAUCAAGGGGUUUGUUCAAACCAGCGAGCGAUUCUUCAAGGACGCGUUCCAGAGUCAAUUCGAUGCACACCGCAAGAACCCAAUAGAGAUUUUGAAGCGUUUGCAAAGGGAGACAUUUUCUGACUUGAUGAAGCUUAGGGAUAGACAGGAUAAAGUGGAACGCGUACUUUCUUCAUUUGUUUCUUCCAAAGGAAGUCCAUUCCAGGAAUCCAGCACACAAUUAAAAGGAACAAUUAAUCUGGGUGGUGCUUUACCUUUUCAGAAUGAUCAACAAGUACAUGAUUCUCUGGAUAGCUUGGGAAUAAACACUGGGAUUGAUGCAAGGUUCAUUUUUAAAACUAAUCUCAGAGAGAAAGAUGCCUUAUUAGCUGAGCUUGUAGCUCAUCAGAAGAACAGCAUGCACUUUGACAACGAGUUCACUGGCAUCUCUCUUGUACUAUCAAAAAUCAUGUACCAUGCCAGUGUGAGUGACCUGCUGUCUGUGAUCUUAGUCCCAUUUGGAGCUACUUGUAAUGAUUUUCGGUCCAAUACAGAUCAGCCACAGUUUUGGCAGGGUGAAUGCCUUAAUGGUUUAUCUUUAUCUAGGCCACCGUUGUUCAAUCUUCGUCAUGCCUAUGGUGUUGGUUUAUCUGUGAAAGCAUCAAAUUUCGCCGCAUCUUUUGGCGAGCUGAUUUCUGGUUGGAACACACAAAUGGAUCCUGCUAGUCAAACCAACAAAUUGAGUUCAUUUCUACAAAUAUCCUCUCAGUAUUUCGGAGAAACAAAACUCAGCUUGUCUGGUGUAUGGCAAAUGCCUUGUUCAUUUUCCAAGUCACUUAGGUUUGGCAGAUUGGCAUGUGGUUCUAGCUCAGUUAAAAAGGCAGUGUCAUCUCUUUCUGGAAAGCAGGUGUUAAGAAGUACCGGUGGAUCGAUAUCCAUGUUGCUGGACAUUGAUGAAAGUUCAAAAUUUGGGGGAUGGGUUGAGGUGCAGAAAUCAAGUUCGGAUCUACUUAAUUGGGCUGUCUUCUUCUCUGACGUAUUAGAGAGGGAUAUUGGAUUUGGUGUGACAGUGGGAGGAAACAGAAAAGCUCAAUCAAGUUCAGUUAUACUUGAAACUUUUCUAAAUUUUUGUGUGGACAAAAGAGCCAUUGUACAGCCAGCUCUGGUCUUAACGUUUAAUGAGAGACGUCGAGCAGCACCUGCAUUGGUUUUUCGGACUAGUUGGUCUAUGUGAUCGUCUGCAGCUAAAGCCAGCUACUACAUUCACGUUUACAGCUUAUCAAAAUCGAUAACCCUCAGUUUGUAAAAGAAUAUGAAGAACUUAAAAAUGCUCUAUUCAUAA